AUGAGUUUUCCAAAUUAAGAUUAUUUAGCUAUGAUCAAAAGCAAAUAACAACAGCAAUAAUAGUAAUCAUUUUAACAAUAGUUCUGUUAUCCUAUGAUGUAAAUAUAUAUAGCAAUUUUAAAGGACACCUUAACCUUGGAAUUAUUGGAUGAUGUAGCAAUAGUUUUAAUAAAUACCUUAAAUGUAGAUGUCUCCAAUGUUACCUUAAUAGUAAAUGAUGUCUCCAGUCUCACCUUUGAAUGUUUCAAUGAUUCCUCCUUAAUUUUUGUUGCAACCUUAAUAAACUCAAAGCAAAUUAUCAACAUCCCAAUCUUAGCCACUCCAGAAUAAAUAAUAUGUAGAAGUCAAUGGGACUAAAGUUAAAAUGUAUAUGAAAUUGAUCAAGGAAGAUGAUGACUUGUUGGAUUAUGAUGAGAUUAAAAGAGAAAAAUAAAAAAAAGUCAAUUUGACAAAUAAAAGGAAAUGA